AUGCAGAGCAUGUUUCGUCUGCCGUGGUGCGGCGACAACCAUGACCAGUUCAAGCUGUCGGAGAAGGCCCAUCUGGAUAAGAUGCGGCCUUCGCCUGUGGUCGAAAUGCCCAACAUGCUGCACCACAUCAAGAGGAAACGCUCGAAUGCCGAUACCACUUUCCCUCAGAUUGCGCCUUCGCCGAAGAAGCUGCGGCCUGAGGUAGAAAGUGCACAGCAACUGCCUGCCCCGACUGCGCCUUUCGUAAACAGCCAUGUCCGCAAUCCUCCUCAAGCCGAACCUCGUCUGCAAGCUCCACAGGCUCACCCCACUUUGCCUGUCGCGACCGGUUCAACUAUUCUUAAGGACUCGCAGGCACAGGCAGCAUCUUCUCUGGCGGCGAACAGUAUGAAACAGCAAGAUCAUGCCCCCGCAGUCAAGGCAACCCCAGCGGGAUCAUCUGACGGCUACUUUGCGCCUCGGACUUCGCACGACAUGGAGUCCAAGAACCUGCCCGAUGCGCUUUCCGGACUCACGCCUCUUCAGCAGACAAUCGAGAACGAGUUCAACAUACAGAUUCUCAUGAAGCACAACGAACUCCGACUCAUCGAGCAGGAACUCGCCAAAUGCCAGAUCGCUCUCGAGCAGCUCAGAAGAUGCGAACUACGGCCGUACCCAGGCACCAGUGGACCAGAGCUAUGUGUCUCCGAGGGUCGCGGUGCUGCAGUCGUUCCUCCACCCGGCUUCUCCCGGCCCAGUCAUCCUGCACCUUACGGUGUCACUGACGGUCCAUACUCGCGUCACUACCGCCACUGGCUGCUCAAUGAUCCUCAAUUUGAUUCGAUCUCUCAUCAAACACUCGCUCAGGCGGAGUAUCUGGCCAACACUGCUGGUCGCGCGACUCGCAACAAUGGCCAGCACCAUUCCCGGCACGCAAGCAAGUCUGUCAAGAGCUCCACUCGGGGCUCUGACGCGCAGCUUGUCAUUCCAAACUAUCCUCCACCUGCGCCGGUCAAGGACAAGAACGCGCCUCUGGUCUUGAGAAGGUCCACUGACAACCAGCUUGUCAAGCUCAUCUGCAAAGACUGCAAGCGAGGCAAUUUCAGCAGCAUCCAGGGCUUCCUCAACCAUUGCCGAAUCGCACACAAGCAAGACUACAAGUCGCACGACCAGGCUGCCAUCGACUGCGGACAGCUCAUGGAUGAGCAAGAAUUGGCGAACCUGCCUGCCGAAACGCACGCGACUCCGGCGCCAAAGUCGUCUCAUGCAACCAGCAGAUCAGUCAGCCAGCCGACUGUCACUAUGCCAAAAGCGUCCCUCAACUUUGUGCACCCGCUAAAUACGCCUGCUGCGACGCCGAUCAGCACGCCCAAGCCAACGCCGCCCUACAAGGUCAACAAUGCGCGGCCCAUCGCACCUGUGUUGCCAGUCAAGUCGGGGUCACUGUCCUCGAACUUCAAGCCUUCUAGCCAAAUGCCUCGACUGUCCGCGCAUUUUGCUAAGCACAACCUUGCAGGCGAUCUCGAGCAGGCUAUCGCGAACGCCAAGGCAAAGGUUGACUUCAGUGCCGACGACGACAUGCAGACUCCUGAUACGCCCGACGUCAUGUCGCCCGCGUUGCCAUUCCAAGGUGGUGCUCGUAUGCCUUUGGGCACUGCGCACCUCGCUGCUGCAAGCGGUACAGACCGCCCUGUCAGCCGUAAAGGUUUCAGGCAACCCACCCAGCAGCGUCCACGUCCUGCGCCACUCGCUCCAGCGCCGCCACGUGGCAUGCAUCUGCAUGACAGCACGCUCUCGUCUCCACACGACGCCACGGUGAGUCCCCACAGCGCUGACAACGCGCCUGGCCUGGUUAGCGACCACGAAGACGAAGGCUCGCCUUCCGACGAUGAGGACCAUUCCGCUAUCGAGGUCGCACCUCGACCUUUGCCUACGGUUGGCCGAUCUUGUGGCGAGGAUUCAAUGGACUUGGAUGUUCGGACUGAUGAUGAGAUUGAUCAGCACGGUGUGAUAAUUCGUCGUAACAGUAUGAUUGCGCAGGAGGCGCGCGAAAUCAGAUCUGCUGGGAGUCCGAGCAGGACGAUGGGAGGAAAGUAG